AUGGACGAGAAUAGACGGCGGAGGGCCACAACUCAACAACGCAACGACGAACGAACAACAGAAUUCACGGUCUCUUUGCGCACAAUGGAUGGACACCGAUCGUUCGGUUCGCGUUCUGGACGUUCUGAAGACUCUUUAACGAUUAGAGGGAAAUUCGAUAUGAAAAUAUUGGGCGAGGAUAUGGGGACACGCGAGGCCGACGGAGCCGGAGUCUCUCUCCGGGGCGGAGCGCGAGUCGCGUCGACCGGUCGAGGGCGCGUUCGCGAGUCUCACUCGCCGGUGACGUCGCGCCCGCACAGUUUGACGGUUCCGGAAGCGUUCGGCGCGACGUCACCGCGACCGCGCCCUCCGCGCUCACUCCUAAGGCUAACUAGGUAUUAUAAAACGUACAAAUAA